UGAAGGGUGUGCAACAUCGUCAUAUUCAUGUCAAUGUAAGGCUGCGCUCGGCAGGCGUGGUUUUAUUAGUGAUAGGGAAUAAAGCGUUACGUAAGAGCCGCCGGUGGAGGGCAGGAAUAGGAUGUUCGAGUGUCAACAGUCUGCUUCCAUAUCGGAGUGUGUUUCGCUGUAACAUGAUCCUGUUCUGGAUGAGCGAGCGAGCGAGUGCAUGGUUGAAAGAUCGAACCGUGUGGUGGCACAAUAUGGUCAGCUUAGUGGAGAGAUAAUGGAUCCCGUGUGACUGAAAAAAAGUGACAUCCUCCCCGCCGACCUAACAAGAUCCGUAGCCAUGGCAACCUGCCCCAGAGGCCUCGCGCCAGCUGUGCGCUUUUGCCAGAAAUUGAAUCGUCUGAAGACGUUGGAAGAUGACAUGAUGGCCACGUCACUGAAACGCUGCCUGUCAACUCUGGACCUGACUUUGCUGGGGGUGGGUGGGAUGGUGGGCUCUGGGCUCUACGUCCUGACAGGAACAGUUGCAAAAGACAUCGCCGGACCCGCUGUCAUUAUAUCCUACCUCUUCGCAGGCUUUGCUUCACUGCUGGCGGCCUUUUGUUAUGCGGAGUUUGGUGCACGCAUCCCCAAAACAGGAUCUGCCUACAUGUUCACCUAUGUGUCAGUGGGGGAGAUUUGGGCCUUCCUGAUCGGAUGGAAUGUGAUCUUGGAGAACAUGAUUGGUGGUGCUGCUGUGGCGAGGGCGUGGAGCGGCUACCUGGACUCCAUUUUCAACCACGCCAUCCAAAACUUUACGGAAACACACGUCAUGCGCUGGGAUGUUCCGAUCCUGGCUCAUUACCCCGACUUCCUGGCAGCCGGAAUUCUGAUCGUGGCAUCCUUCUUCAUUUCCUUCGGCGUCCAAGUGUCCUCUUACCUCAACCACAUCUUCUCCCUCAUCAGUAUGGGCGUCAUCACCUUCAUCCUCGUCUUUGGGUUCAUACUGGCAGACUCAUCCAACUGGAGCAAGAAAGAAGGGGGGUUCGCUCCGUUUGGUUGGUCGGGAAUUCUUGCCGGCUCCGCCACCUGUUUCUACGCGUUUGUAGGUUUUGAUGUCAUCGCUUCUUCUAGUGAAGAGGCUAAGAACCCUCAGAAGGCCGUUCCCAUUGCCACGGCCAUUGCCCUGGCGCUGGCAGCUACCGCCUACAUCCUGGUCUCCGCCGUGCUAACGCUCAUGGUUCCCUGGCACACGCUGGACCCCAACUCUGCUCUGUCGGACGCCUUCUUCCGUCGGGGUUACAGUUGGGCCGGGAUUGUUGUAGCUGUUGGCUCCAUCUGUGCUAUGAACACUGUGCUGCUGUGCAAUCUCUUCUCGCUCCCUCGGAUCGUGUACGCCAUGGCAGAGGAUGGGCUAUUCUUCUCCAUUUUUGCUCGUGUCAACCCUUUAACCAAAGUUCCUGUAAACGCAAUCCUGGUUUUUGGAGUCCUAAUGUCAAUUCUGGCGCUCAUCUUCGACCUGGAGGCCUUGGUGCAGUUCCUGUCCAUCGGGACUCUGCUGGCCUACACCUUUGUUGCUGCAAGCGUCAUCGUGCUGCGCUUCCAGCCGGAGAAGACCAGCUCCAAGUCAGCAUCUUCUCCCAACCCCCCGGCAGAGUCCUCCGGUGCCAACGCCGAGUCCCAGUCCAUCCACGGAGACAGCGAGGAAGUGAAGCAGUAUGAGUCAUUCUCUGACAAACUCCAGCUGGUGGAGCGGCAGAAGACAAAAGAGCGGAGAGGAGUCGGGCAGCUCAAGGCUCGAUGGGAGCCGUACCUGGGCCGGAUGCUGGGAGACGCUGAGCCAGGCGAGGUGGUGGCCAUCUGUGUGAUGGUUGUUUUCGUCAGCUCCGUGUCCCUCUGCUCUGUUGUUGUGUUUGGGAGCAGUCAGCUGGCCCUGCCCGUCUGGAGCUUGUCACUGCUGUUGGUUAUUUUCAUUAGUGCUUUUGUUAUCAGUUUGGCUCUCAUUUGGGUUCAUGAACCCCAGACCAACACCAAAACUUUCCAGGUCCCUCUGGUUCCUGUGACCCCAGCUGCCAGCAUCCUCAUUAACGUGUUCCUGAUGCUCAAACUCAGCUAUUUAACCUGGAUCCGCUUCGCAGUUUGGAUCGCUGUCGGCCUGGUUGUGUAUUUCGGCUACGGAAUGUGGCAUAGUAAGGAAGGCCUGCGAGAACUGCAACCCCAAGACAUGGCUGCUCGCUAUGUCGUGUUGCCCAGUGGUAGCCUGGUGGAGACGGUCCAGUCCGUCCAGCCUGAGGGUCAGGUGGACCCCUCACUGCCUGACGUUAACCCCUCCACAGCACCGGCAUCCGACAACGGGACCAGAUGAUGCGAGCGCUCCACCACCAUCAUCAGCGUCUCUCCCGGACUCUCCACUAUUACUCUCUCACUCUGGCUGGUGUGUGACUGACCACAGGCGGGUCUGCACGCCGUCUCUUUGUGAAGCAUAUCUGUCUCUAUCAUGUAAUACUCGAAUGUUCUAUAGAGAGCUUUAUUACCACUUUACACCUCUUCAGUGAGUUACAUCCUCAAAAGACCAGCUCUUUCUCGCAACCUUGCCACGUGUUUACUGUGUACGGUGCUUUCGUUGUGUCCAUUCAGUUACACUCAGUGGAAGAAAUUGGAUAUGUAAGCACCUGUUAUUUUUCUGAAACUCAAGCAGAAUUUAAAGUGACAAGCGUUGUCCCUUUAAGUCUCAGGAGAAGCAAGACUCCGAUGACGUUAACCUUGUGUUUUCGUACUUACUGCCCAGCCCAGAGUCUUAGGCUACAAUUCCACUUUUUAAUACAAUAAAUAUUAUUUUAUUACAUUAAUGCUCCUUUCAUUUCAUUAAGUAAACAUUCCUGUGAUUCAUAUUGGGGCAUUAUUCAUUUUAAAAUGUAAUUAAAACAGCAACGUUUGUCAUUUAAAUAGAGACUAAAACCAGGAAUAUAGUCCCAAACAAAACAGGAUGAACACUUUCUCUGAAGCAUACAGCUCUCUGACGCUUAGGCGCUUGAAAAGUUUACUGCUGCAUUGUGGGAAUUGUAGUGAUUGUGUUGCGCAACAACCCAGAUUUAGAGCAUCAACACACGAGGCCUGUCACGAUUGCACAUUUUGCUGCUCGAUUAAUUGUCCCACAAAUUAUUGCUGAAAAAUGAUAUUAUUGCAAUAUUUUUAAACCGUAACCACUAAUGUAAUGGCAGUGUGUCAAUAAUACCUCAAGCACACUCUUUAAAUACAAACCUUCAUUUAGUACAAGUGCUCUUACUAUUAUUAGCACACUGUAUUUUAAAUUACUUUUAAUAUUAUAAACUAAUUAUAACAAUUAAACUGAAGUUUACAAAUGCGCCUGAAGAUGCAUCUAAAAACCGAUGCAGUAUGAGCCCUCCUGUCAGCGAGCAAAGAUAGGCAGCAGUAAGAGACGGGAGACAAGGAAAUCAAACAAGCAAACAUGCGCAUUGUGUUAAUCGAGGCCAGCAAAAUGACAGUUCAUUGUUUUAUUAUUGUCCGAUUAAUUGACUUGUUAUCGUGACAGGCCUACUGUAGGUGCAGUACAUAUGCAGUGGAAGCUUCUCCAAACUACCUAAACCCUAUAUAUUUUGAUAUUUCUCACACAAGUCUCCCCUCAUACAACAAGGGAUUAAAAUAGCAAAGCACAUUUCUUACUCUUUUAUCUUAUCAUAUGACGACUCUGUGGUACCUUCUGGAUAUAAAAGGCACAAAUCUAUUGAACUGAGGUAUUUUCAAAUCUGGGCUGUUGCUUUGUCUCACUCCCGAUGCUUCUAAUCCCGACAGAUUUGCAGCAGCCUGUAGUUCGACCUGGAUUAGAGAGCGGAAUAUACGGAGGGGCUCCCACAGCUGCCGCAAGGCCGUCCCACUUAUCAGAUGUUUUGCUCUCCGAAACAUAUCAGAUUUAUUCUAUAUUGCAUGUUACAAAUGAAACCAAUGGCCUUAAACAUUUUAAAUCAGCAAACUGACCAAACGGUUUAUCAGUUCCACUUUAUUUCACUGUUCUUAUAUAACAAUUAUUUAACAAACCAAAUAAACACACUUGAGAGAAUGUAGAGUUGUCACAUGUUUUGUGCAACUUUGCGCACUAUUUUAAAUGUGUCAUUCUUCUGCUUUUGAUGUGGAGGCCGGGUAUUGUUGCCGUCGUGCUUUUGUAAGACCUUUUUUUUGUCACUUCUACUGCUGUCUUGUCGAAGCACAGAUUUAUGAUAUCAGCUUGUUUCUUACCUCUUACCUUGCACAUUACAAUCUUGAUCGUUCUGUUGUAUUAUACGUCUGUAUCGAUCGCAAAAUGUACAAAAAAAUAAAUGUU